AUGCCCGUCAACACUUCCUACCCUAAGCGCCGAUUGGGUUCCAACGGUCCUCUAGUCAGCGCCAUUGGAUACGGCGCAAUGGGCUUCAGCUCGUACUACGGCCCUACCACCGAUAAGGAAGCCUUUGAGACGCUCACCCACUGCGCCGACCGCGGCCUCACUUUCUGGGAUACCGCCGAAUUCUACGGCGCAAGCGAAGAACUCAUCGGCAAAUGGUUCGCCGCCACAGGCCGUCGCUCCGAAAUUUUCCUCGCCACCAAAUGGGCGGGCAACUUCGAUCAGCUCGACUCGCGGCCCUCCACCUUCAAGCGGCAGAUCGAGCUGGCGUUCAAGAAGCUCCAAACCGACCGCAUCGAUCUUUUCUACCAGCACCGCGUCGACCCGCAGGUGCCGAUCGAGUUGGUGAUGGAGGUGUUCCGGCCGUAUGUAGAGGACGGCAGGAUUGGGUGGAUUGGGCUGAGUGAGUGCAGUAAGGAGGUGCUGAGGAGGGCGAAGGGCGUGAAGGGGGUGGGGGAGAAGUUGAUUUGUGCGCAGAUGGAGUUCAGUCCGUUUGAAACGGAGAUCGAGAAGGAUGGUUUCAUCGACUAUGCGCGCAGCCUCGGCGUCAGCAUCGUCGCAUACUCCCCUCUCGGACGCGGUAUGAUCUCCGGCAAGUACAAGUCCGCUGAGGACUUCCCCGAGGGCGACGUCCGUCGCUUCCUCCCUCGCUUCUCGCCUGAGAACUUCCCCAAGAAUCUCGAGCUGGUCGAUAAGUUCCACGCCAUUGCGCGCAAGCUGAACGCGACGCCCGCGCAAAUUGCGCUCGCGUGGAUCCUAGCGGAGCAUCCUGACAUGGUCCCGAUUCCAGGCAGCCGUGGCAUUGAGCGCACCGAAGAGAACGCUAAAGGCGCGGAGAUCGUGUUGCCCGAGGAAGACCGCAAGGCACUUCGCGAGGUGGUAGACAAUGCGACAGUCGCGGGAGCCCGUAUGCCCGAGCAGUGGGUCUCGUCGCAGGACUGCAUAGCUCUUGAGGAGUGGCGCGGCGAGGAGGGGUGGAAGCCGAUUACUCGGGCUGCCUAACGGACUUCGUCUGAGGCUCAAUCAAAGUUCAAUUAUGAAGUUAGC